UUUUUGUACGGGCAUGGGGCAGUGGCUUCCCGCUGACAGAAGGCAGGGAUAGAUGGGAUAUUGGGAAGGAAUUCUCUGUGAGGGUGAUGAAGCCCUGGCACAGGGUGCCCAGAGAAGCUGUGGCUGCCCCUGGAUUCCUGAAAGUGCCCAAGGCCAGAUUAUAGCAUUUGAUGAACUGAAGACUGAUUACAAGAACCCCAUAGACCAGUGUAAUACACUCAAUCCUCUUGUACUUCCAGAGUACCUCAUCCAUGCAUUCUUCUGUGUCAUGUUUCUCUGUGCAGCAGAGUGGCUCACACUGGGUCUCAAUAUGCCCUUGUUGGCUUAUCAUAUUUGGAGGUACAUGAGCAGACCCGUGAUGAGCGGCCCGGGGCUCUACGAUCCUACGACCAUCAUGAAUGCAGAUAUUUUAGCCUAUUGCCAGAAAGAAGGAUGGUGCAAAUUAGCAUUCUACCUUCUAUCUUUUUUUUACUACCUAUAUGGCAUGAUUUAUGUUCUGGUGAGCUCUUAAGAAGACAUUCAACAAGCUUUGUUCCAGUUAAGUGCAUGCAAAAGCCACAAAAAACGUGGAUUCUUUACAACAAGAACCUCUGACCAAGAUUAAAUCCGGAACCUGAUGUUCACAAUUGAGUUAGAAAACAAUGACUCCCCUAUUUUUAAAAUAUUUCCACAUUUUAUACUUGUGGAAAGACUGUUUUCUUAUAUUUUACUGGGACGCUGAAAUUAAUGAAUUAUGUGUAAAUUAAUAUAAAGAUGACUGGGGUUUGAAAAGUUUUGACUUUGCACUCCAUAAGGAACAGCCAUAACCUUCAAGUAGGUGUUGGUUACUACUAGCCUUAGUACUCUAGGGAUUUGCUGUAGGAUGGGCUUUGUAGUGGCUCACUUGGACUUGUGUAUCCCACUCUUUACUCUAAACCAGCCCUGGCUCCAAGUGCUUGGGAACAACUGGAAUGCUCUAUGUUUUGCCCAUAGGUGAUGCUGGUCUUAGGAUAUUACUUCAUGGACACAAAAGCAAAAAUAGUUCUAUUUUGGUUUAAUUUUUUUAUUAUCUGGUUAAUCUUCCCCUGUAUGUGCAUCCGUAGGUCCAGAGCCUUCUGUAUCUUCUCCAGACAUUAACCCUGCUUUAAUCUUGAGCCUGUGCCAUUGUGGUAGGAGAAGCUGAAUUGUCCAUGAAGGAAUGAAUUUAAAUUUAUUUUUUUUAAUGUCUGUGCUGAUUAACAAAUGGACAAACCUCCAAAGUUUAUCAAGUCCAAUGGUGAAAACACUCUUGGGUUUAAGAGUAGUAAAUACUACAGACUUUUUCAAAGCAGAAGGUGAGAUUGUGAAACUGCCCCGCUGUUCCUUAGUGCAAUAAAUGAUAAUAAAAAAAACAAAUCUCAAAUUCAGCAACA